AUGACCGCGGAAGACAUUGUCGAGCUCGUGGCCAAGGCGAAUUCCCGUGGCCCGACCAGUGGCUUCACGGAUAUCGCCGACGACGCCCAUGAGUUCCCGCCAGGUUUUGAUACCACUUCAGCGACUAUCUUCAAGCCGCUCAAGGUAGGAGAUAUAACCCUCCAGCAUCGCGUAAUCCACGCUGCUUUAGGCCGAGCCCGGAGCGCCAAUGACACCGAGAGCCCCCUGGCGGCCAAGUACUUUGCACAACGGACGACCCCCGGCGCCUUGAUGAUAUCUCAAGCCACGGGUAUCUCUCCCGAGUCAGCAGCAUGGCCGUGGGCAGCGGUGCUACGCAACGAGGAACAGCUGGAGGCGCUUAUCAAGAUCAUCCAGGCUGUGCACGCCAAAGGUGGCUUUUGGUUCCAGCAGCUGUUCCAUGUGGGACGCUGCACGUCGCCUGCGCUUGUCAAGCGUGCCAGACAACGCGCUGGAUUGCCUGAGCCGCCUCCGUACGGCUACCUGCCGGUCUCUGCCUCAGCUGUCGCCGAAUCCGGCAUCAACACGCAUUCAGGGGAGCCCUUUGGCGUGCCGCAUGCUUUGACGGUGGACGAACUUCGCGCCCUACGUGACGAUUACAAGAGGACGGCCCAGAUAGCCUUCGAAGCUGGCGCCGACGGAAUCGAGAUUCUUUCCGGAAAUGGCUUCCUACUCGAUCAAUUCCUGCACGACAACAUCAACCAGCGUACUGAUGAGUAUGGCGGCAGUGUCGAGAACCGCAGUCGCUUCCCGUUGGAGGUUAUUGAUGCUGUUGCCGAGGUUACGGGCUAUCAGCGUAUCGGUGUUCGAUUGAGCCCGUUCUCCAAGUAA